AUGAUACGGCUGGGCGGCAGGUGUUUGCGGCGGCCCGGUGGGGCCCCGAGCAUGCGGCUGCCGGCGUCGUGCGGGGCGGGCGGCCGCGCCCUGCGGGUGCUCGUGGACAUGGACGGCGUGCUGGCCGACUUCGAGGGCGGUUUCCUCCGGAAGUUCCGUGCGCGCUACCCUGAGCAGCCCUUCAUCCCGCUGGAGGACAGGCGCGGCUUCUGGCUGUCGGAGCAGUACGCUCGGCUGCGGCCCGAGCUGCGCGAAAAGGCGAUCAGCAUAUGGGAGUCCAAGAAUUUCUUUUUAGAACUUGAGCCUCUGCCUGGGGCAGUGGAAGCGGUUAAGCAAAUGGCCAACCUAGAAAACACUGAUGUCUUCAUCUGCACCAGCCCCAUCAGGAUGUUUAAGUACUGUCCGUAUGAGAAGUAUGCCUGGGUGGAGAAGCACUUCGGCCCCGACUUUCUGGAGCAUGUUGUGCUGACUAGAGACAAGACAGUGAUCUCUGCCGACCUCCUCAUAGAUGACCGGCCAGACAUAACAGGGGCUGAGGCGAACCCCAGCUGGGAACAUGUCCUCUUCACAGCCUGCCACAACCAGCACCUGCAGUUGGCUCCCCCCAGCCGCAGGCUGCACUCGUGGAUGGACGACUGGAAGGCCAUUCUGGACAGCAAGCGGCCCUGCUGA